UAUUUUAAAUAUUUUGCUUAUAUGUUAACACCAUGUGAUCUAUAGGUGGAGCGUAUGGUUACUCCUAUUAAUUCUGCUGACGAUUUGGCCAAACAGACCGAAGUAGAGUACGGAGUGCUCAGACACGGCUCGUCUAUGGACUUUUUCAGGAGAUCAAAGAUCGCGGUCCAUCAGCGUAUGUGGGAAUUCAUGCACUCAAAGCAAAACGUUUUUGUCGACUCCAGCCGUGAAGGCAUACGUCGAGUGCGGGACUCGAAGGGAAAGUACGCGUACCUAAUAGAGAGCACACAAAAUGAUUACGUUAAUGAAAGGAUGCCAUGUGAUACAAUGAAGGUGGGCCGCAAUCUAGAUGCGAAGGGUUAUGGUGUGGCCACACCUCUAGGCUCAUCUAUUAGGGAUUCAUUAAACUUAGCAGUGUUGUUCCUGAAAGAAAAUGGUGAUUUGACAAAAUUGGAGAAUAAAUGGUGGUACGAUCGGAGCGAGUGCAAAAUUAAAGAGAAAAAGGAUGCUAAUCAGAGCGAGCUUACACUAGACAAUGUGGCCGGGUGCUUUUAUAUAUUAAUUGGUGGACUCAUUUUGGCUAUGAUUGUAGCACUCAUGGAAUUUUUGCUCAAAUCACAAAUGGAGUCCAAACGCAAUAAUAUAAGUCUGCUUGAUGCUAUCAGAAACAAUGUACAUACAUCUAUAACGGGUGGCGCAACAUUUGCCCAGCGGUUGGCUAGCGACUCGUUUACCACCACGUCCACGUAAAUUAAUUAUAUUUAAUUUGUUGAAACGUUGGUAGAUUCAUCAUGGUCACUAUCAAAAUUGUUCAAUGUGCUCG